AUGUCUCCCUUAGUCCUUCCUGAAUCGGGCGACUUCCCUCUCCCUCCUCGUUCCCCUCCCAUUCCUCCCGAAUUUGACAGCUUUCCUCUCCCCCUUUCCUCUCCUGCUCUUCCUCCUGCUGCUCUGCCCAACCAGGCCAGCCCUCAACUCAACAUUCUCACCAUCGUUGACCACGCCGUCGUGAUCCACUCUGGAGGAAAGUGGAAGGUUGCCAAUAUGGACCCCCAGGGGCCCCAGGAAAACAUCGCCUGGCAGAUCCCUCACAGCAACCACUGGCUUGCCAGAAUCAAUAGCCAACAGGCCAACGCCGAGCUUCUCAGCAUGGUCCGCCCCGCUGAAGGAAACAACAUCAAGCGAGGCUAUCUGAGCCAUGAUGAAGGCGAUGGCAACGUGUCCGUCAUUAUCUGCAAGAUCCGUAUCACUGAGCAGGGGCGGGUUCAGUAUCUUCCUGGAGGUGUUCGGCCUGAGAGGGUAGAACGAUUCAUUCCCUGGUUGGCGAUGCUCAUGGGCUUUGACUCGCUUCACGUGCCGUGUGGACGCUGCGGUUGCCCCUUGGCAUGA